CGAGCAGCACAAUGAGCCGCUGCUAAUGCUGUGUAAGUGUUUGAACCACAGUGACAUGUAGAUGCUUCAAGACUUCAAGUAAACAAACUAAUAAUUCUUGCAGCUGAAGCAGUAUUCUCGCUCUACUCAGUUACUUCCAUCCCCGCAAUAUGCCAUACUGACUGCUUUGCUGCUUCACUACCGCCGAGCGGAUGGUACAUAUUGGAAACCUGGCCUCGUGUCUUUUACCGAUCUAUUUCCCCUCAACAGUUUCAUUUCGACUUCUUGGUCGGCAUUUACGCUUUGUUUGGCGGCGGCGUAGUGACACUGCCACUGGCAUAGCCAGUAGCAACAGCACGUUUACCGGCCAUGAGUGACACACACGGUCGAGUCGAAGCUGACCAGUCGGGAUCUAGCAGUACCAGCGACGCAGCCCAGAAGUCUGAUUGCGAGCUCAAAAGCGACGACACCGUCAGGGACAUGGAAGUCGACAUUGUCGGAGAAUUAUUGCAUGCCGGCAUUUCUCCCAACAGUCGACGGAACAAGCUAGAUUUUAUGGGAGAGAGAUCAUCGUUCAGCCUAUGGGGAUUCCUGAAGUCUGUGGUUGGGCGUGACUUGACAAGAGUGACUAUGCCAAUACAAUUCAAUGAACCACUUUCCUUCACACAGAGAAUGGUGGAGGACUUGGAGUAUGCGUAUAUUCUCAAUGACGCUGCAGCAUGUAUGGACUCAUUGGAAUGUUUAGCGCGGGUUGCAGCAUUUGCUUCUUCACCAUACGGAUCAGCACUAGAUAGGCACUACAAGCCAUUUAACCCAGUUUUAGGUGAGACAUACGAUGCAAUUCGGCCGGAGGAGGGCUAUUGUGUUGUUGUUGAGCAGGUGUGUCACCAUCCACCCAUCACCGCAAUGCACUGUAUUGGCAAGGGCUGGGAACUCUGGCAGGAGUACAAGCUAGAAACUAGGUUCCGUGGAAAUUACAUUAGAGUGAUCCCAACUGGCAUUGUGCACUUGUCAGUUGGAAAGAAUCGCUAUUCCUGGAACAAGCCACAGACAACUAUCCACAACAUCAUGAUUGGCCGCCUAUGGCUAGACCAUGAAGGUGAAGUAGUCGUCCAGAAUCACACAACCGGGGAGAGAGCUAGCGUGUCCUUCCAGAGCUACAAGUCUGUCAGCCAGAAAUUCAAGAGGCUGAGUGGACGAGUCAAAGAUGCCACGGGAACUGAUCGGAUCAUCUUGGAAGGCAACUGGCAGGACGGCAUGAAAUGCUACCCAGUUGGGAAGCCAGAUCAGCCCUUGACUAUAUGGAAGUCUUUCCCAAAGCCAGCAAAUGCCUCUAGGAUAUUUGGCUACACGAAGUUGGCGCUGCAGUUGAAUCAAUACCCAACAUGUAUACCCGACGAGCGAUUAUGUGACACCGACUCAAGGCUCAGACCGGAUGAAAGAUUGUUCGAAGAAGGCAGGGUCGACGUCGCGGCACGUGAAAAGGCACGCAUUGAGGACAAGCAGCGCACUGCAAAGAAGCAGCGCGACCAAGCUGGAAUUACGUGGCAACCUAGGUGGUUUGAGCCCCAGACCGAUCCGCACACGAAAACAGUAUCUCAUGUCUACAAGGGUGGCUACUGGCUGGCGAAAAAGAGAAAGGACUUUGGAGACUGUGCCGAUAUAUUCUAAUAUUGCAGCUGUCUUAUCUUUGAUUCCAUAGAUGGUGGCUUGGGAGUCUGCAUUCCCGUCACUGUCUGUUUCCUAAUUAUUUCUGAGAGGCCGGCGUAAACCGUAUGCAUCCAUCUUGCCACCACCGCCACCACCACCAACGGCAUGUUCCUUGGUGUAAAUUUAAUCUCACUUGCGGAGAUGAUGUCUGAUGUUUUGCUGGCCGCCGUGGUGUUGCAGUAUAUACUAGUAGUCGGUGUUGAUCACAUCAGUUGCAUACAGCUGUAGCUUGUAUUAUAUGCAAUCCAAGCUUGCCCCGUAACUGCUGCAUCCGCCACCGCUGCUACUGCUGCCGUUGCUCGCUAUAUAUAUCCUCUGUUUCACUAGAUCAGUGAGGCAGUACCGCGGACUAGAGAGAUCCUACCUAGCAGUACCAAUGACUACCACGACCGCUCAGUGGUUAUUCCAGUCGGGCCAUUGGCCAAAGUCAUUGCACUCGGUGGCUCAGUGACAGCCAUGCUUCAAAUUUGAUUCAAGUUAGGCUUGUAGAAGUCCCUGGGUCGGAGCUGCCACUGCACUGGUACUGGGCCAGAUACAGCUCUUUUUAUUGUGCUGCUUCUUGAAGUUUCUGAGCUGAUUACUUUCAGACUUAAUUUCAUUUAAAACAAAACAAAGUAACUAACCAAAAUGUGCUGCUCCAACAGAACCGCUUCUUCCACCCUUGUACAAUCAUGAACAUUCAUCUUCGGUGAACAAGAGACGAAUGCUCUAAACUUGUA